UCUUCUGAAGUCAGCGUUGAGUUAGGAAGAAAAGCCUUGACAUCUAGAAGAAAACCUUACGGUGAUCUAGAAGGAGACCUUUUUCUAGUAAUCUUCUUCAAAGAGAAGGAGUACCUGCAGGCAUAGAAGGAAGAGAAAAGACUGGAGCAGAAUGGAUAUAUCAUCCCCUUCUCCUUUCGCUUUCUUACCACAAAUCAAUGCAACAUCCACUGGCAAAAACAGAACCUGUUACGAUUCCGGCAUAAAUGAAGAAGUGCUUAUUUUUGCAAUCUUCACUGCGCUUUUUUGUGUGUUGGGAAUGUUGGGCAACGGCCUCGUGAUCUGGCUGCUGGGCUCCUCCGUGAAGAGGAACACUUUUGCCAUUUAUAUUAUCAACCUCUCUGUUGCGGACUUUGGUUUCCUCACCUUUGAGCUGAUUAUCGAAAUCCACUGGUUUUUUACACAUUUGUACUGUGACUUUCCCUAUGAACUCUUCCAAACGGGCUUGCUGUUAAUGUACAGUACGGGGCAAUUUCUCCUGACCGUCAUCAGCAUCGACAGGUGUGUUUCGGUCCUUUUCCCAAUUUGGUAUCGAUGCCACCGGCCGCUGCACAUGUUCACUACUGUGUGUGCUGUCAUCUGGGCCAUUUCCUUCAUCCUCUCUUCCAUUCAUUUUACAAUUAUAGCAGUUGAUGGAUUUGGAAACAGUUUUACCCUGAUGUAUCAGUUCAUCGUUAACGCUGUGCUUUGUCUCCCACUUAUGACCAUCUCCAGUGUCACUUUGUUUAUCAAAAUCUGCUUUAUAUCCAAAAGCCAAAGACGGAGGCAGCUUUUGACAGCUAUUUUGCUCACGCUUUUCUUCUUCUUAGUCUUGGCUUUUCCGCUAAAUGCCUUUUAUUUUAUCCUAUAUGUUUUCAAAUAUAUACAUCCCAACCUUGUACAUUAUGGCUACUUAUGUACCUGCAUCAACAGCGGCAUUAACCCCGUCAUCUAUUACCUGGUGGGGAGACAGAGGGGUAAAUCCAGGAAAGGCAUCAAAGACUUGUUCCAGAAGGUUUUCAAGGAGGAGGAACUCUCUACUGAUGAACUGGAGACAUCGGAAGGUUCCAAGAUCUGAAUGCUUUACUUUCACUCUUCUCAAUCAAAAGAUGCCUUUGUUUCUUUCCAAGCAAGCCCGAAAACUGGUCUUUAUGCUGAUUAAUUUCUGCAUGUAUCCAGAAUCCGUGCAGAUAAUUAUCUUUGUGGAAAACAAAAUAUUUCUCAAGUUGGACUAUGUAACAUAUGUAACAGUAGCAGAAUUGGAAGGGACCUUGGAGGUCAUCUACUCUAGCUGACGCAGGAGAUCUGGGAUUCGAACCACCGAACCGCCGACCUUUCUGAUCGACAAGCUCAGUGUUUUAGCCUCUGAGCCACCUAAUCUAUUUACCAAGUAUUAUCUGAAGACUAAUUAACUUGCUCUAAUUCAGCCUUGCCCAACUGGAGUGGCCUCCAAUUCUGCGUGUUUGAACUUCAGUGUCUAGAUGGUAGGAUCAUUGCUGAGAAUUUUCAAAGUUGACAUUCGCACCUUUGGAAGGUGUCCAUUGGAAGGAUCCAAAAUCUGAACUCUUUCAUUUCACCAUUCAUUUCUUUCCAAGCAAGCCCAUGAUUUCCUCUUUUUUUAUUUAAAAGAAACUGCUCUGUAUUCUGGAUCAUUUGUGCAAGAAUCCCCAAUUUGUACAGACAAUUAUCUUUGUGGAAUCUCAAAACAUUUUUCAAACAACCUCUUUAACUAAUAUCUACCACCUGAAGAUUAAUUAGCUUGCUUGAGUUCAGCCUUUCCCAACUUGAGUGGCCUCCAAUUCUGUGUGGUUGAACUUCAGCAUCUUAGCCAGUAGGACAAGUGUUGAGAAUUUUCAACGUUGACAUUCACACCUUUGGAAGGUGUCCAUCAUAGAAAGGUGAAGCCAAGGAAGCACAAAUGCCACUUUUAAAAUGUCCCAAGUUGUAUCAGGUACAUGACCAAUGAUGAAGGGUAAUGGAACUGUAGCUCUACACUACCUGGAGAAUCCUAAAUCUGUAUCUCCAUGAGACCAGGAUUCAUCAACUCAAUUGUAUCAAGGGUGGACAAAUGUUACAACAAGAACAUCACGUGAAAACAUUUGUGGCUGAUUCCAGAAGAAAAGAAUCAGAGAAAGACUGAAACUAUUUCAAGUGGCAAUAUCUACAAACUGAUCUCUCUUCUUAUACAUAUAUAUAUAUACAUACAUACAUACAUACAUACAUACAUACAUACAUACAUAUGUGUGUGUGUGUGUGUACAGUUAAUACUUACAUAGUAUUUACUUACUUACAUAAUAAUACUUACAUAAU